AUGGCGAAUAGCAAUUUUAUUGAUGCUGGUGAUGCUGAAUUGACUCAGAUUGGCUUUGUUUUCAUCACGGUUUCCGGUAUAAUAGCGUUAUUCAUCAUUCUAGUGGUUUGGUCACGUUGGGACAAUAGUAAAGUGAAAUCGGGUGACAAAAGCGAAUCAUCCGAAGAGCAGUCCGAAGAGGAAGCUGCAAAAGAAUCUUUGAAACCAAAUCCAUUCAGGAAAACGGCAGUGAAGUCGGCUAGGUAUAAGGGGGAUAAGACUCGUGAUGUUUUAUACGACCAUCCGUGGUUGCUGACGACGCUUAAGGGGCACGUAGGACGUGUACUUGAUGUCGAUUUCUCAUCAAAUGGUAAAUUUUUAGCAUCAAUUGGAGAGGAUCGUUCAUUAUUUCUGUGGCACACAAAGGAUUUCGGCGAUAAAGAGCAUAAGUUUGCAAGAGGAGCCGUUGAACUGGAUAAUGCUAAACGGCUAACGUUUGGUCCUGAUUCAAAAAGUGUCCUUCUUUCACUGAAUACCGCAAACAAGUUAGCCGUUUAUAAACUUAAACGCAAGGAUGAUUCAUCGCAAUCGUACAAAUUCUUUCCUGUUGAAAAUGUUGAUUUUCCCGAAGUGCAUGUCAGAGAUAUCGGUUACAAUGGAAUCUCUUGUAACGGUAAAUUUGUGAUGUCAUCAUCAGAUGACAAUAAAUUGGUAAUAUACUCGCUCAGCGGAAGUAAGCUGAAAGUGGUUGAACCAAAAUUGAAUAUCCUCUAUGAAGCAUCUAUCUCUCCUUGUGGACGCUUUGUCGCUGCUUCUGGCUUCACACCUGAUGUUGUCGUUUUUGAGGCUUUAUGCGAUAAUUCGAAGGAAUUCGUAGAUUUGAAACGAGCAUACGAGCUAAAAGGACAUUCAUCAGGCGUUCUGUCAUUCUCGUUCAAUCAGAAUUCAAGCCGUUGUGUAACUGCUUCUAAAGAUGGAACGUGGAAAAUUUUUGAUACAGAUAUACGUUACAAUUUAGGACAAGAAGCAAGCAUUAUUUCGAGUGGCGAAUGGGACAUUUUGCGAAAUGCGCCGCCCGAAACCGUAUAUGCGGUUAUGAGUCCUUCGGGGCACAGUUUUGCUAUUGGAGCUAAUCGGCAUGUUCGUCUGUUUAGCACGCUGCAACCUGAAAAAGAGUUCAGGCUAAUGCUUGAUGUGCAUCAAGCUCCGUUGUGCCGUGUUCGAAUGAGUCCAUGCGGACUGAUGAUAGCGACUUGUGGUGAUCGGCAUAUAAGAGUGUUUCAUAAUGUGGCGGAAUACUACAGUUCAGUGGUUUCACUUGAACAUGCAAUUCGAGAAUCCAGACAAGAGGCGAAGACAAGACGACUUCAGGAACAACUAGAAGAAGCCAGACGAAAGCUUGCUACCGUAUACAAAUAG